CGUCGCUCCCCCGACGCGAUGGCCGCCGCCACCACGGGAGAAAUUCCGGCGGAAGAGGCCCCGCCGCCACGGGCGCCCUGCUCGUUCGGGAGGCCAUGGCCGGAGUUCAACGAAGGGAUCUCCUACACCGACACGUUCCGAUGUGCCGAUGCAGGCGCCACCAUGACACUGAUUGAGUUCUACUCCACCACCUACAAGAGCUCCGCACCGUUGCCAGGGUGGAUUAAGAGGAUUCGUAACGGGCAGAUAACAGUAGAUGGUGAAGUUGUCACUGAUCCAGAUAUGACUCUCCGGUACCUCUGUUUUCUGAUUUGUACUGAUUGUACUGAUAUGGUUCUUGCUUGUUAUCUUCUUUUGCAAUGCAUUGUUUUAUUUUAUGAACGAAGGCCAUGUUGUUAUGAUGCUCUGUUUUGCAGGCAGGGUUCUAAGUUGAUAUAUCAUCGCUUACCAUGGCAGGAGCCCUUUGCACCACAUUUACUUGGCGUACUUUAUGAGGAUGAUGACAUGAUAGCCCUUAAUAAGCCUUCUGGUUUGCAAGUUCUUCCUAAAGGACUCUUCCAGCAGCGUACUGUUUUAGCACAGCUUCAAAUGAAAGACUGGAAAAUUCCUUCAUCAUUCUGCUCAAAGCAAAAAGAUGUGCAAUCACACCCUGUACCUGUUCAUCGAUUAGGAAGGGGAACAUCAGGUUUACUGCUUUGUGCCAAAACUAAGCUGGCCAAAGCUCGGCUUGCAGCUUAUUUUGCUGAAGGCACUACAAAUGCUGGAAAGAGCAGGGAUGAAACAGACAUGUGCAAAGUGCGGAAAAUUUCAAAGUUUUAUCGAGCACUAGUAACUGGUAUCCUUGAAAAUGAUGAGGUUAUGAUUACCCAACCAAUAGGAUUAGUUCAUUAUCCUGGUGUUGCAGAGGGGCUUUAUGCAGCAUGUUCCUCAGGGAAACCAGCAAUGAGCAAAGUGAGUGUUCUUGAGAGACUUGAACACCGUAAUCAAACAUUGGUCCAGGUUGAAAUUCAUUCAGGACGGCCACACCAAAUUAGGAUACACCUUGCAUGCAUUGGGCAUCCCCUUGUAGAUGACCCUCUAUAUGGCAUUGGUGGGCAGCCAAAAUUUGAUGAACUGGAAUCUAGCAGUACAGAUGAUUCUUUUGCAUAUGAUGGAGGUUACGAGAGACCUUUGCAGCCUGUUCCUGGAGAUUGUGGGUACCAUCUACAUGCACAUUGGCUAGUUCUCUGUCAUCCAACUACAAAUGAGCUUUCAUUGCAGAUGAUCAAAAUCACUGCUCCUCUGCCACAGAUCCUACAGACCCGAGAGGAACAGCAGGAUACAGCCAAACAAGUCGGUGGUUGAACCCUUCAAUUUUUUUCAUGAUCAGCGAGAGUUCAGAGGCUCUAGUGGAGCAGGGCACCAUUAACAGCAAAAACCAAGCGGAAACUUCAGGUUCUACUGCUACUUCGCAAUGGCCGUUUUUUUUUUGCUGCAAACCCAUAAAGAUGGUUUCCAAUGUUACUCGUGGACGCGUGCUUGUGCGGUUACCUCCACUAAACGCUUCCAAGUGCUAGUUUUGUAUACUUGUCAAAAUCAAGAAUUGAUUUCUGCAAAUAUCUGGUGUAUUUUGGUGACCCAUUGACGUAAGUAGAAACAGAAUGAACCAUCCGACCAACUGGAUUCUAUUUGUGAGUAAAAUAGCUUGACAUUUUCAGUA